AUGGAGAGCUCGAAGGAGGAAGGUCCUCCGUCGGGGAUUCAGUCGGAUCCGCUUAUGCUACCAGGUCUCUCUAUAUCCUUGUUCCAUGAACACCGGGAACAAUUUCGCAUAGCUUUGCACCCCUCGGACUUGGCUGAGCGCUGCAUCUCUGAAAAGACUCUCUGGGAAAUCACCAUGGUGCACGUCAUGAACACUAUCACAGAUGAGCCAAGUUGGGAGAAAAGGAUCUUUGACGAGAAUUGUGCAAGAGAAUGGCGCCAGAAAUUCCUCGACGUCUACAAUGGCCUUAGCCCCGAGAUGAUGGAUUGGGUCAUCGAGGAGGUUAAGUUCAAGGCUGAAAUAUUCCUCAAAAAGGGAAUGGUCACUGCGUUGGACGGAGACGUGGUCAAAUCCGACUCUGCUAUCACUGAAGAUAUCAAGCUUGCCCUCCAGGCGGCUGUGGAGCCUCUGGAGGAUAUUGCUGAGCAUGACAAGGACUAUGAGCCCGGCUCGGGAGGGCAGAUCGUCAACUUGGUUGAUCCGUCGCUGUUCGCACUCUCUUAUAGUCGUAGUCAAGUACUCCCGGACAGAGUGAUCGGACUCGAUGACUAUCUUUCCCAUUCAGGAAGGGCCAAAAUGCUGGAAGUGAAGUGGGAAGAGCGCGAUUCCUUCACCGUAAUGAAUAACGGCAGAACCAGAACCAAGCGCGAAUUCCUUGACUUGUUCUCUGCAUAUAGUCUCGAUUACCAGUGGCUGCCAUGUGAGAUCAAGUUCAAAGACGCUACCGAGGGCUGCCGUAUUGCGUCCUACAUCAACAAUCUGCGCCCCGAUCACCAUCGCCCGCUUUACGAUACACUCGAACGGAUCAUCGCAAGCGCCAUUCCUCUGUGGAACAUGAGUUUGACACCUCUGAGAUCCGAGCGACUACAUCGCCGAAAUCGGAUCAAGUUCGAGCGAAUUGAGUACCUCCCCAACUCCGAAUCGCUACGUGAAGUUCUGGAGCUUGGUGACCAGGUUGACUUUGAGGAUAUUUAUGACCGUCUCUGGGAAAGAGAGAAGUCUCGUCCCGUUAAGCCUCCAGAGACCGGGCCCUUGAGUCUCUGGCUAGAUCGACUGAGAGGCGAGAAUCCUAUUGAUCUUCGAACCACAUUCCGUGACAGAGGAUUGCAGGUCAUUGUGAAAAUGGCCAACAUCGAGUUGACACCUGAGACGCCAACAUACAUCGGGACUCCCUGGCAUUUCGAGGGGCUGUUGGUAAGUCUUAUUGCCCCAAGUUCUCUGUUUGCCAUCUGUCCCAUGACAGGCUGCAUGAUUUGCACAAAGCAAGAGAAAUCCCAUGCUGACAGAAAAUCUCAGAAUGAGCAUAUCUGCGCAACGGCCAUAUACAACUAUUCGUGCGAAAACGUUACCGCUCCCACAAUCAGCUUCCGUCAGAGACUUUCGCUGGACUGGCUCCACGAGAAUUACUUUGACAAGGGAUUCGGUCUCCCCUGGUUGCCACAGGUCUUCGGGUGCGAUGAGGAAGAAAAGCAAGUCGUGGUUCUGGGCGAAGUCUCCUGCCCCGAAGGCCGUCUCGUGACCUUCCCAAACAUGUUCCAAACCAGCCUCGCUUCCGUUGACCUCGUCGAUCCGCGUAAACCGGGUCAUUGCAAGUCACUGGUGGUGCAUCUUGUCGACCCUUAUGUCCGUAUCAUCUCGACCGCCAACGUUCCUCCCCAGCGGGCGGACUGGUGGGAUGGCUUCAAUAUCCGGAGAGAUGUUCUGGCUCAAAAGGGACUCCCCGUAGAGCUGCAGGAUAUGGUGCUGGAUUACCUUGAACCAUACCCUCUCACAAUCGAAGAAGCCCGCGAACUCAGACUAAACCUCCAGAGAGAGAGGAACCGUAUCAGGAGGGAGCAGACUGAAAAGCUCGAGAAGUGGAGGUUCUGA